AUGUCGCACAACUCAGAUCACUUCACUUUUAGGAGCUGUUGGGACAUCAAGAAAUCAAAUAGAAAUGCUCAAGAUGGAAUAUACACACUGACCUCUUCACACGGAAUCUCCUACCAGACCUUCUGUGACAUGACUACAAAUGGAGGAGGAUGGACUUUGGUGGCCAGUGUGCAUGAGAACUACAUGGCAGGGAAGUGCACUGUGGGGGAUCGCUGGUCCUGCCAACAAGGAAAUCGAGCUGACUAUCCAGAGGGGGAUGGAAACUGGGCAAACCAUGCAACAUUUGGGUCGCCUGAUGCAGCAACUAGUGAUGAUUACAAGAAUCCUGGCUAUUAUGACAUCCAAGCCAAGGACCUCAGCGCGUGGCACGUGCCCAACAGGACUCCGCUAAGACGAUGGAAAAGUUCAUCCCUUCAGAGAUAUCGCACGACCAAUAACUUAUUUCCCAGAGUAGGAGGAAACCUUUUCAGCUUGUUCCAGCGAUAUCCGCUGAGAUAUAAUGCUGGACGCUGCCCAAGAGACAACGGACCUUUUGAGCAAAUAGUGUAUGACUUUGGAAGCUGCGAGAAGACGGCUUCUUUUUACUCAGACUUUGUAAGAGGUAAGUCUUGGUUGUUAUCUAUAUUUAAGAACUAUACACACACAAAUUCUGUUUAUAUUUGUUUUUAUUCAUCUAUACAUAUUAGGUUAUUUACCCCUGGUUAUGUCCAGUUUCGAGUAUUUAAUAGAGAGGGAGCAGCAUUGGCUUUCUGUCCAGGAAUGAAGGUUGAAGAGUGCGAUACUCAACAGUUGUGCAUUGGAGGAGGGGGAUACUUCCCAGAACAGAACCCAAGACAGUGCGGGGACUUUACAGCCUAUGACUGGAGUGGAUACGGAACAAGAAAAAAAUGGAGUGCAAGCAAGGAGAUAACUGAAGCAGCCAUCCUUCUCUUCUAUCGUUAAUCCGCUGGAGGCUUUAUCAGUAUAUACUGUACUUAAACUGCCUGCCAUAUACCAUGAAAUAAAGCUUAAGCAUCCCGGCCCA